UUUAUUACACCUCUUCUAUAAAUGCCUGCGAAAUCUCGUCUCCUCUCCUCUGUGGCAUUUUCCCCUUUCGGAGGAGCGGAGGAGAAAAAGAAGCGAUUUUCGUCCCGAUCCGAAAUCUAGGGUUGCGAAUCCUUUAGUCAAAGGGAUUGAAAUGAUGGACAACCACCACUCUUUUUGGCAAUUGGGUGAUGAACUUCGAGGACAGUCAAAGGUCUCUGAGGAUCAUAAAUGGUUGAUGGUCGCAUCAACGCUGGCUGAACAGACAAGAUUGAAAGGGGAACGGGUGAAUAACCUCGAUUUUUCAAAAACCCUGAUUGAAACAAAGUUGAAAGAGAAAACUGUGUUUCAGGAAGAUAACAAAUUUGAGAACCUUAAUUUCAGUCUGAUGAAUUUGGAUUCCAAGAUGCCUGAACCUGCGAGCAAGGGUUCCUUCCGAAAUGGUGUUUAUAAUAUGAAUGCAGCAUAUCAGAAGGGCAACAAUAACACUGUUGGCAACAUUAAUGUAGCUGCUAGUAACAAGUACAACAACAAUAAUAGCAAAGAGACCAAUAACAAUAACAGCAACAACAAUAAUAACAACAACAACAGUGGCAGCAACAACAGUGUUGACAAACGGUUCAAGACAUUGCCUUCAUCAGAAAUGCUUCCACGCAAUGAAGUGCUUGGAGGUUACAUUUUUGUGUGUAACAAUGACACAAUGCAAGAAGAUUUGAAGCGACAGCUAUUUGGAUUACCACCAAGAUACCGAGAUUCUGUUCGGGCAAUAACCCCAGGAUUACCUCUGUUUCUCUACAAUUACACUACUCACCAGCUACAUGGGAUAUUUGAGGCAUCCAGUUUUGGGGGAUCUAAUAUUGACCCGACUGCCUGGGAAGACAAAAAGUGUAAAGGUGAAUCAAGAUUUCCUGCACAGGUGAGGAUCCGUGUCAGGAAACUCUGCAAAGCGUUGGAGGAAGAUUCUUUCAGGCCGGUUUUGCAUCACUAUGAUGGCCCUAAAUUUCGUCUCGAACUUUCCAUACCAGAGACCUUGGCAUUGCUAGACCUAUGUGAGCAAGGAGGCAUGUGAAGAUGUUGUUCAUGCAAUAGGGAUGCAUGCAUCCAUGUUAUUAGAAGUUUACAUGUUUGCGAGAGUGUUGUGGGGGGCGCAAGCAGCUCUGUUUUCCCUUUCGUCUUGUUGAUUUUCCAUGAAGCGCAAGCUUGGGAUGGUUUCUCGUUUAGUCCAACUACUGGAGAAGAUAUAGCGGUGGCUUUGUAGGCUUAUAAGAAAGGAGUCACAAAGGUUUGCUGAGUUAUAUCAUCCCAUAUAGAAAAUACCUCAAAAAAUGCCAUAAAUAUAUCGUGUUUAGGUUUAAAAAAGAAGUUUGGAGAAGAUAAGAAAUGCUAUGUAAUCAUAAAAAUAGAAAGCACCCGCCAUAAGAGGAAAAAGGGUGGGCGCCUUUUGUUGUGUGUGUGUGUGUGUGUGUAUGCUUUGCUCAUGUGUAUUGUCGGUUGUUGAAACUGCUGUUGCCUGUUGGCUGUUGGGUCUUGAGAAUUGAUCUUUUGAGAAUGGAUGGACUCUGUUGGUGA